AAAAACACCUCUAUAUAAAGAUAUUUGAACAAUCACACUACUCACUCAUCACUCUAAAAUCUAAAUCACAUUCCUUCUUCUCUUUCACUAUCAUCUAUGGCUCCCAUCUCAAAACUCCUCUCUUUCCUUUUCCUAACAACCCUUUCAUUCUCUCUCCAUAUCCAUGCCAGAGACAGUCAAUUCUUCAGCAAAGUCACUCAUGUCAACAACAAUCUCAAUGACAGACAAGUUCCCAAUCCCAACAACAAUGAACAACCAUUAAACAAACCACAACAACAACAACAACCGGUUUUCAUCCCAGAAACUGAUAACAGUUAUGGCUUAUACGGCCAUGAAUCUGGUCUACACCCUCCCACAACAACCACCUCAAACAAUGUCGUUCCCAACACUUACCAAUCACAAGAUGAAAACAACAAUUACUUCACCACCUUUCAGAAGGAUUCUUAUACCAACAACAACAAGUAUCCAAAUGAAAUCAGUGACACAAAACUCACUCAAACUUCUUACAACAACAACAAUAAUAACAACAAUUACGACAAGUAUUACUACAACAACAACAAGUAUGCUUCUAAUGAACUUACCAACACAAAGUUCCCAGAAGAAGGAUACAACUCCAUGGAAAACCAGAACAACAAAUAUUACUACAACAACAAUGUUGCUGCUAAUGACAAAUACUACUUCAAAACCAAUGGCGCUAGUAACAACAAUUACAACAACGUUGAAAGACAAGGAAUGAGUGACACAAGAGCUAUGGAAGGUGGGAAAUACUUUUACGAUGUUAACUCUGAGAAAUACAACCCAGCAUUAUUCAAUGGAGACUCGUCUAAAGGAGUUGUCAACUCUGAGAAUUGGUACAACAAAAACGGUUACUUUGGUAACAACAACAAUGUGAACAGUUAUGAGAAUAACAAGAAUUCUAGGAAUGGUUAUCAGAAUCAAGAGGAGUUUGAGAGUGACCAAGAAGAAUUUGAGCCUUGAGAUUGAAACAAAUCCUUUUGAAUUUUGGAUGUGGUUGUUCAAUGUUUUAAUGUAUUUUAGAUUCAAAAUCACAAAAAAAAAAGUUUAAAGAUAGGGUAAUUAUAUUAUGAAUGGGUUAAUUUAGUGUUUUAUUUACUUGGUUGGUGAAAAUUAUAUUAAGUCUUGUCUUGUUACUUAUGAAAUUUUCUGAAAUUGCACAGUGUAUGUAUGUUAUGAUUUAUGAAAGCAUGUUUAUUUUGUGCUAA